AUGCAAGCGCCACCGAUCCCAUCGACUAGUGAUGACUUUGCAAUUGUCGAGUAUCUCAUGCAGAUGCAACUCAAUGCACCACAGUUCAAAAUUUCUGAAAUGAGAGAUAUUUCCUCUCGCCAUUCAGUAAAUACGUUUAAUAACUACGUAAAGAGAAUGAAGAAUGCGAACGUUGUUGAUGCAUUCGUACUCCUCAAGUCAAUACAGCAACCACUUUCAGACAUUGCAAGCCAUGGCCUUAGAAUUCCAGCAAAUGGCGGAUUUAAAUUCCAAUUAGAUCACAUCGAACUUCCUCCAGGACAGGAAACAUACGAAAUUUUGCAUCUUAUCAUCGCACUUGGCACUGUUAUCAACUACCAAAACCCAGAUUCUCAAUUAGAUGAAAUUGAUUAUAUUCAAGCAGUUCCAACAGCCGAAGAUCUUAAGGGACAUGAUUCAAUUCGUGUUGGUGAUGAUAACACAUACUAUGUUUUCAAUGCUAACCAAAUUAAGACUGCUCAUUACAUCCUUUGCAAUGGAUCAAACAACCUUACACAUGAUAAGCAUAUUAUCAAUAAAUGCGGUGUUUGUGGCAAGAACAACGCUACAGUUUACUGCCAAUCCGAUGGCAUCAAACUUUGCGAUGAUUGCGACAAGAAGACUCAUAAUUCGAACCCAUUAUUCCAAGCUCAUGUACGUGUUCCACUCAGAGAAGGUCUCCCACAGACCCAAAUGUGCCAAUUCCAUCCAACACAAAAAGUCUCAUAUUAUUGCCCAAAGUGCCAUCUUGCUGUUUGCGUUGACUGCAAGAUCAAUGGCAACCACUCACACGGUGAUUUCGCUAAGCACAAACUCAUUCCUUUCGUUCAAGCUUACAACGAUGCUCAUAACUCAACAGUCGCUAAAAAUACAACACACAUUACACGUCAGAAAGUCUUAGAAGAAAAUAUACAAGCUGCCGAUGAACGCCUUGACGAAAUUAUGAAGAAUGCUGAAGCUGUUGAAGGCGAGAUCAUGCGUAUUGCAACAGAAGCCAUUGCAAGCAUGAAGAAGCAAGCUGCAGAACGCGCCAACAUCGUCAAGUCCGCAAAAGCAGAACUUGAACGUAAAUUAGACGAAUUAAAGUCAAUGAAAGAAUUUAUACAGAUUCACGAUCAGACAUCAGAACCAGUCGACUUCCUUCAAUACUACGCUUGCUCUAAAGAACUCGAAAAAGAGAUUCUUAAUAUGAAAGAUCUUCCAGAACCUUUGACAGUUCGUGGCGAUCUUUGCGUUUACGGCAAGCUUGAAGUAGAUGGCCAGAGGCCAAAGGGCGGCAUGGAAGAUUCUGAUGCCUCAGAUUUCGACGAAAAUCAAGCCGAAGACAAUGACCAGCCAAGAUCAAGAGAUAUUUCAAUUUCAUACUCAACAAACGACAUCUCCAUCUCCGCACCACCUCCAACCGUUGUUUUGGAGCGCGCACCGAAAUAUACGAAACUUACAAAACUCGCUUCGAGGAAGGAAGAGAAGCUGAAGGCUGCAAAGCAGUCCCUCAACUUCGUUCCAUUCGCUCAGAGUGAAGUAUUAACCGAUGACGAUGACAGAAGGAAGAUUUAUCUUACAUUACCUUUCAAAGGCGUUCCCGAGACACAUCUCAUGUUCUCAACGCAGAGAGAUGGCAGGAGCAUCAUGAAGAUGCACAAGAUGAUCGAUGGCAAGGGUAUCACAUUAGUCCUUGUCAAGGCAAACGGAUUCGCAUUCGGUGGCUUCGCUGCUGUUAAAUGGAACAGCGACGGAGUUCCAUUUGGCGACCAGUCAUCGUGCUUCCUCUUCUCAUUGCUCAACGACGCACUUAUCCCUGCACGCGGCCAGAGCGAUGAGCAGUGCAAGCUCUUUGCUACAGAGGACACACUCACUUUCGGUCGCGAAGAUCUCAAACUCGCUGAAAACUUCGACAAGUGCUCUUCUCAGAUCGAGAACUCGUAUGGCGUUGGCUUAGUUUAUGGAGGCGAGAGAUCAAAGACUUUCCUUGCUGGUACUAAUCAAUUUGUUGCUGAUGUUGUUGAAGUUUGGGGAUUCUUCUCCUCCGAAUAA